UGUGUGUGUCAGUGACCGUGUGAGUGUGUCAUGGACUGUGUGUGUGUGUCAGUGACCGUGUGAGUGUGUCAGGGACUGUGUGAGUGUGUCAGCCACUGCCGGAGCGGCAGUGGGAGUUGCGGCGGGGCGGACCUCGGUUGGCCAGCUCCACAAUGUGGACGCGGAGCGGGCUGCUGGUUCGGAACGCCGCCCAGGUUGUGGCGGUCUGCGAGAAUGGAGCCCAGUACCGGACCGGCGGCGACAUGCGGGACGUGGCGCUCAUUCCUGGCGGCAGUGUUGUGAUCGGAAGAGACGGGCUGAUCGAGGCGGUGGGACCCGCGGACGUUAUCCAGUCCCAGUACCGAGGAGUGGUGUUUGACCAGGAAAUAGACGCCAGUGGGUUGUGUGUACUGCCAGGUCUGGUGGACGCGCACACCCACCCGGUGUGGGCUGGAGACAGGGUUCGUGAAUUCGCCAUGAAGCUGGAAGGGGCAUCGUACAUGGAGAUUCACAAUGCUGGAGGAGGGAUUCACUUUACCGUGGAACAUACCAGGAAGGCUUCAGAGGAAGAGCUGUUCGACAGCUUGAAGCAGCGAUUGCUGUGUAUGCUGAGAGCUGGAACCACUCUGGUUGAGUGUAAAAGUGGAUAUGGUCUGAAUCUGGACACUGAGGCCAAAAUGCUUCGGGUGAUCGAACGAGCUCGAAGGGAGCUCAGUGUCGGCAUCUCCUCCACUUACUGUGGUGCUCACUCUGUCCCCAGAGGGAAGACAAUGGGAGAAGCAGUGGAUGCAAUCAUUAACUUUCAGCUCCCCAAACUGAAGGAGAUGAUGACGAAAGGUGAAUUCCAUAUCGAUAACAUAGAUGUUUUCUGUGAAAAGGGAGUCUUUGACCUGGAGGCCACCAGAGCUAUUUUACAGGCUGGGAAGGAGCUAAAUCUCCAGAUUAAUUUUCAUGGCGAUGAACUCCAUCCAAUGCAUGCUGCAGAGCUUGGGGCUGAACUUGGUGCUGCCGCUAUCAGCCACCUGGAGGAAGUGAGUGAUGCUGGCAUUGCCGCCAUGGCAACUGCAAAAUCAUGUGCUGUGCUGCUCCCAACCACUGCCUACAUUCUGAGGCUUAAAACCCCACGUGCUCGGGAUAUGCUGGAUGCUGGAGUGAUUGUUGCUCUGGGUAGUGACUUUAACCCUAAUGCAUACUGCUUCUCGAUGAAGUAUUUUGUGCAAAUAUUAUCAGCCAUGAGAGAGGGCUGUGAGCUGGCUUCUUAUCGAGAACCUUGUAUUCCCAGCCUCCACAAGUUCUGCUGGUUUGACCGUUCCUUCCCCGCAGCCAAUGGUUAUGCACCUGGCGUGUGUGACCAUGAAGAUGACGAUGGCCGAGAGCCUGGUGGCCGCCACCAUCAAUGCUGCCUAUGCGCUCGGAAAAUCCAAAUCUCAUGGCUCCCUGGAGGCAGGCAAGGAAGGGAACAUCCUCAUCAUUAACGCACCCAGGUGGGAGCAUUUGAUUUAUCAGUUUGGAGGUCAUCAAGAACUAAUCAAGUAUGUAAUUACCAAAGGAAAGAUAGUGCAUGAAAAUUAAAGUUGCCUGGGUAAUUAGCAGUGUGGGUGUUCCUCACCUGAAGUCUGAACUAUUCUGAAGGAUUUUGAUCAUGAAUUUGAACACACACAUUGUCAUACUUCAAGAUUAAAAUGGUCCAUGUACAAACUUGGACGUCGGCAGAAGGUUAAGAUUGAAUGAUGUCUUCCAGGGUAACCAGUUACAGCUUGAGAAAUACCUUAAUGAUUGUUGAUUGAUUCAAAUGUUGCUGUAUCCCUAUGAGUGUGGGCACUAUUUCAAUAUGUGCCAGAAAUAAAUGGUCUCUAAUUAAAUUA